UUUCCUACUCCAUUUCCUCUCCGCCAAUCCAAGGUGUCAUACGUACCGUGCCGAUGGAUGCGUGGCUGGUGGCGAGACCAGUCUCUAACGGCGUCUCUACGAAACCGGGGCGAAUCGUAGUAGUAUCUAGUCCUUCAGUCGGCAAGCGGGGCUCUGCCGUUCUGUGACCUAUAUUUCCCUUGCUACUCGUGGGACGUUCAUGGAAAAUAUUAGCAACAACAAUUUAGAAAGUUUUGACGCCAUGUCCUCAGCUCUGGACUUGAUCCAGGCUGAAGGUAGUAUCGGAGCGAAGGAGGCUGCAGAAGCCUCUGGCACGCCCGAGGUUUGCUCUCAGGGAGGGGAGGGGGUAGCUGAGGUCGACAGAGACGACAUCGUCUCUGGUGCGCCCGGUGACAGCUCCUCGACCAAAGAGCCGCGUGUUUUUAAACGCAUGUCGGGUGCUGCGCGCAAGAGGUUCCGCAGGCUAAUGGGCGACGGGGUAGCCAAAGAGCAGGCCCUGUCAUUGGCCCGUAAGCCUUGGGUGGAUAUCGCUGUGGAGAAGCCGGCCAAAGAGAAAGGCCCUGUAAAAAGGGUCCGCUCUGAGGACGAAUCUCCACAGGGAUCAGCGAAAAAGGCCCCGAAACUCCGCGCUGAAACCUCAGGGGAGCCUCGUCAACCGAGCUUCAGGGAGGUAGCGGGGUUCUCACGAGUAGGGAUCCGUAAUUCGGACCCUAUGAGUGAGGACCAGAUGAAGUUGGUCCACCGUCACCUAAAUCUCGCCAUGGUCAGCCAAUGGGCGAAUGCGAAGGGCGGUGCACCACAGUUUCUGGGCUUCAUUCACAAGACAGGCUGGAUACUGGUGACCUGUGUCAACCAGGUUAGCAGGGACUGGCUUGUGAGUGAGGUCCCGAACCUAAAGCCGUGGCCGGAGGCGAAUCUCUCCGUCAUCCCGGAGGGUGAAUUGCCCAAACCAGCCACGGCCAUCACAUUUAUUCCAGAGUCCGAGGCGGCCUCAGUGGAGGAAGCCUUGGCGCUGAUCAGGGUCCAGAACUUUGGCCUGAAUACAGAGCUCUGGAAGGUUCUCGGGGAGAAGGCUGAGCAGGGUGGCAAGGUGGUCACCUUCGCUCUGGAUGAGCCUUCCGCCGAAACCCUUAAGGCCAAUCGUGGGGAGGUAGCGAUUGGCUUUAAGAAGGUACUGUUCCGACUAAAAGGGGGGCCAAACGCUCCCCCAGCACAGCAGACGGAGCAGCAACCCCAGCCCCUCGCUGAAUCUACUCCCGGGCCAAGUACCAUGGUACCUAGUGGCCGAACUCCUAGACCCCAGGGCUCUCGUGGCCGUGGGGGCGGGCAACCGGCAGCUAGAGGCACAAGGGGCAUGACGAGGGGCAUGGUACCCGGUAGGGCCAGACCCAUAACCUCGGUGACAGGAGGGCCUCAAAGGACUCCUGUUGCGAGAGGCAGGGGAGGGCCACAACGGGUCACUAAGAGGGCCAAAUAAAAUUCCCUGGC